UGGCAACUUCGAAUUCGCUGUCUAGUUGCUUCUGGCAGUUUAUCUUCGAUUUUGAUUUGUUCUGUUAUUCGUGUUCGCAACAAUAUAUACAAAAAUUUUCAUAACCCUAAACACACUAUACAGUUCAUUGUUUUUACGGUACAUUACCGAUUUCUAUUUUUCUCAUUCAAUUUAAUUGACUGAAGGCAAUAUAUUGAAACACACCGUUAUUGUGUUAGUUAUCAGAAACUCUUUUGCCAAAGACAGACAUAAAGUACAUAUUGUAAUUUUUCUACGAAAACAACAUGUUUGCCAACCGUUUUUUGUGUUUUAGUUCCAAAGCAAAUGGAGUUCUGUACUACUAUAACCUUCUAGAAACCAUUGAAAUUAUGUUGUAUUGUGUAAUGUACUACGAUGGAUUACAUUGAACACACCCAAAGCUUUAAUCUUUUCUGUCACAAUCAUAUGCUUUUUGUCAUUUUGACAUAUGUCAAAAAAUUUAAAUUCCAAAUAAAGCUAAAAUCAAAAACAAAAAUUGAAUAAUUGUUCCUCUCUUUAAGGCAAUCUUCUUGUACUGUUUGCUCCUGUUAAUUUCCUCUGCUAGUCUGAAAUAUUUACAUCUUUUCAUAGUACAAUGUUAUAUUUUGAUAUUUUUUGCAGCUAUAGCUAAUAUGGGGUCCAUUUUUCAGAUCCAUCUGAUGAGUGUCAAACUCUUAGAAAAUACCAUCUAUGUCCCACAAGUUUUCCUGAGAUUUUAUAGUACUACACAUUGCAGUAUUGAAAACAUAUGUCUAUCUCUAGCAUAAAUUAUUACAGUAUGAUCAAACAUGGAAUAUUCUCGGUGUAUAUGUUAUAAAAUGUAUUCUCGGCCUUAUGUUGAGUGUGUUGAUUACCAAAUUUUUUUAUCAUUACUAUUUAGAAUGGUAUUGGCAAUCCUGUCAGGCAUGAACAAUUUUCAUUUGUGUGCGGUUAGAGGAAAUUUCAUACCCUAAAAUCUUAUUGCAUAUGUGUACACAUCUCCGAAGUGUUGAAAUUUAAUUAUUAAAAAGUGUAAUAUUUUAUCUACAACGUUUGCAGAUAGUGAUCUGGGACGAAACACGGUUUGUGUGGAUUGGAAACUGGUAAAAUACAACUAAUCGCCAUGGAGAAGUUACGUCUCAUGAAGGACAAUCGUUCUGAAAUAAUUGUUGGCGGAAAGUACAGAAUUAUUCGGAAAAUAGGCAGUGGAUCAUUCGGAGAUAUUUAUUUGGGAAUGAGUAUACAAAGUGGUGAAGAAGUAGCCGUAAAAAUGGAAAGUGCAAAUGCACGGCAUCCACAACUCUUAUAUGAAGCAAAAUUAUAUCGAAUUCUAAGCGGUGGAGUGGGAAUUCCCAGGAUCCGAUAUCACGGCAAAGAAAAAAAUUUUAAUACUUUAGUAAUGGAUCUUCUCGGACCAUCCUUGGAAGACUUGUUCAAUUUUUGUACACGCCAUUUUACUAUUAAAACGGUGCUAAUGCUGGUGGAUCAAAUGAUUGGACGCCUUGAAUAUAUUCACUUAAAGUGCUUUAUUCACAGAGAUAUUAAACCUGAUAAUUUCCUAAUGGGAAUCGGACGUCAUUGCAAUAAGUUGUUUUUGAUAGAUUUUGGUUUAGCUAAAAAAUAUAGAGAUCCUGUUUCCCGCACUCAUAUACAAUAUCGUGAAGAUAAAAAUUUAACGGGAACAGCACGUUAUGCUUCAAUAAACGCUCAUUUGGGCAUUGAACAGUCUAGAAGAGAUGACAUGGAAUCAUUAGGAUACGUUAUGAUGUAUUUUAAUCGUGGAGUUCUACCAUGGCAGGGAAUGAAAGCCACUAAUAAACAACAGAAAUACGAAAAAAUUUCCGAAAAGAAAAUGUCUACUCCUAUUGAAACUCUAUGCAAGGGAUUUCCAGCUGAAUUCGCAAUGUAUAUAAAUUAUUGCCGCAGUUUGCGAUUUGAGGAACAGCCCGAUUAUAUGUAUCUCCGGCAACUUUUCAGAAUCCUUUUCAGAACAUUAAAUCAUCAUUAUGAUUAUGUAUAUGAUUGGACCAUGUUAAAGCAAAAAACACAUCAGGGCCAACCAAAUCCAGCUAUUUUACUGGGACAAGCUGAGUCACGCAACGAACGUGAUAAGGAGAAAGAGAAGCAAGGCUUAAAGCCGAUGAUAUCUGAUUGAAAGCAAAUCGAAAAAUAAUUUGUGAAAUAACAAGCGUAUUUUCUAGGAUUAGAACUGGAAUUUGAUCGUAAUAAAUAAUGCAAAUACAUUUUGCAUAUCUGAGGAUAUUGAUAUAUUAUAUAAUUUACAUUAAUUACUGUACACAUUUUGAAUUAUGUCAAUAAAGACUAAUUGUUUUAAACCUGA